UAAUUUUCUUCUGGAAGUCGACAAGAUCUCUUAUGAGCCGCGACGCAUCGUUCAAUUUUUUGUUUUCCUCUUCUUUCCCUACGCGUUGUAAGCCGUGAAAAUCGUGAAAAAAGUCAAUUGCCCUCACGAUGUCUUCUCUUGUGCGACCACUUCUUCUUGUGGCGGCCGCAAGUCGCGGCUUAGCUCAGUUUGUUACCCCGCCAACAACUUUGAAAGAAGUGACUGGCUACGCUGGAAUUCCUGUCAGGUAUAAGGAGGUACCUGCUGGAACUUGUGAGCUGGAUCCCAACGUAAAGAGUUAUUCGGGAUACGCCGACGUGGCAGAGAAUGAACACAUCUUCUGGUGGUUCUUCGAAGCUCGCAACCAAGACCCAUCGGAGGCUCCCCUGACUGUCUGGAUCAAUGGAGGACCGGGCUCGAGUUCUAUGAUCGGCCUGUUUGAGGAACUCGGACCCUGCGGUGUUGAUUACUUCGGCAAAGUUUACAAUAACCCGUACUCUUGGUCUAACGUGAGCAACAUGCUCUUCAUUGACCAACCCACCCAAGUCGGGUUUUCCUACUCCAAACCCGUCAAUGCGUGGGUGUCCAAGAGCGGUAGUAUUGUAUCUUUACCAGACGCAACGUGCCCAGACUACGCGGAUGAGAGCUCAUGCGGCACGUAUAGCUAUCCGAACGUCACCCUCACAGCGAACAGCACUACCAAUGCUGCGCCUAAUUUCUGGAAAACUCUACAGGGUUUUAUGGGCGCCUUCCCUCAAUAUUCUAGAAACGGAUUUCACUUCGCAACUGAGAGCUAUGGAGGACAUUACGCGCCAGUAUUCAAUGCGUACAUUGAGGAACAGAACGAAAAGCACAUUCCAGGCGCCAAGGAGAUUCAACUAGAGACAGUACUAAUAGGCAAUGGCUGGUAUGAUCCGAUACUACAGUAUCAGGCCUACUACAAUUUCACCGUCUUUCCCGGGAACACAUACGACUAUGCUCCUUUCAACGCAUCCAUAGAAUCCCAGUUCUAUAAUAACUUGUACGGUCCUGGAAACUGUCUCGACAGGUUGAACGACUGCAAGGCCACCGGGCUGAAUCAGGUCUGCAAAAACGCAGACACUUUCUGCGCGAACCUAGUCGAAUCCGUAUACGACGAUGUGCUCGGCCGAGAUGAGUACGAUAUGAGGGAAUUAGUUCCGGACCCAUUCCCAUACGGAUUCUACACCGAUUACUUGAACUCGCCGGAAUUGCAGUCUGCUAUCGGCGCGUUUAUCAACUUCACCAGUAACAAUGUUGUAGGCGAGGCAUUUGAAAACACUGGCGAUGACUCCAGAGAGAUGGGUACGAUUGAGGAUAUUCGCUACCUACUCUCGAAGGGUAUCACGGUAGCCAUAUAUGCUGGCGACGCCGAUUACAACUGCAACUGGCUCGGAGGCGAGGCUGUGGCGGAAGAGAUCGCUGCCCCCGGGUACUCGCAAGCCGGAUACGUGGAUAUGGUCACAAGUGAUAACGUUACACACGGCCAGGUAAAACAGGCAGGCAAGUUCAGCUUUACGCGUAUAUACGAGAGCGGACACGAGGUGCCAUUCUACCAGCCCCUCGCCGCCCUCGAAUACUUCGAGAGGGCCAUCAAGGGCCACGAUAUCCAGACCGGAAAGGGUCCUGUAAACGAGGAUUACCUAACGGAAGGAACGAAGAAGAGCACGUACCGCCAAGGCAAUUUGACGGUUCAGUGGGACGUACUGCCGGCUAACUCCACGUACGAUACCACCACGAACCAGCCUGGUGGUACAUGGACGGAACAGUCGGUACUUAUGAAGCGAAGCAUGAAGAAGAGCUUCAGGUCCCGCCCUGGACGCCGAGGGAGGUAGAUGGAUAUAUACUAAAUGAUGCUAUCGCGGAUAUAUGAGUAUUGUCGAAUUCUCUAAUCUGUUAUAUAGUUACAUAGCUGCGUUAAUGUAUUAAAUAAACUAAUCAACA